GCCGCGGCGCGAUGCGCCGGUACCCGGGAGCCGGAGGCUGCGAGCCCCGAUGAAGCCCGAGCGGCCCCAGCCCGAUGGAGGCGCCUCUGUGGGAGCCGGGGCGCAACGAGUCGCUGCCGCCCACGCUGAGCCCCGCGGUGCCGCCCUACGUGAAGCUCGGCCUCACCGCCGUCUACACAGCCUUCUACGCGCUCCUCUUCGUGUUCAUCUACGCGCAGCUCUGGCUGGUGCUGCGCUACCGCCACAAGCGGCUCAGCUACCAGAGCGUCUUCCUCUUCCUCUGCCUUUUCUGGGCCUCGCUGCGCACCGUGCUUUUCUCCUUUUACUUCCGAGACUUUGUGGCAGCCAACUCCUUCAGCCCCUUCGUCUUCUGGCUGCUCUACUGCUUCCCCGUGUGUCUGCAGUUCUUCACCCUCACGCUCAUGAACUUGUACUUCACGCAGGUGAUUUUCAAGGCCAAGUCCAAAUAUUCUCCAGAGUUACUCAAAUAUCGGUUACCUCUCUACCUGGCCUCGCUUUUCAUCAGCCUUGUUUUCCUGUUGGUGAAUCUGACCUGUGCUGUGCUGGUGAAGACGGGAAACUGGGAAAGGAAGGUUAUCGUCUCCGUGAGAGUGGCCAUCAAUGACACACUCUUUGUGCUGUGUGCCAUCUCUCUCUCCAUCUGCCUCUACAAAAUCUCCAAGAUGUCCCUGGCCAACAUCUACCUGGAGUCAAAGGGCUCUUCGGUGUGUCAGGUGACUGCCAUUGGUGUCACCGUCAUCUUGCUCUACACCUCUCGGGCCUGCUACAACCUGUUCAUUUUGUCGUUUUCUCAGAUCAGGAACGUCCACUCCUUUGAUUAUGACUGGUACAAUGUAUCAGACCAGGCAGAUCUGAAGAGCCAGCUGGGCGAUGCUGGCUACGUAGUUUUUGGUGUGGUGCUUUUUGUGUGGGAGCUCUUACCCACCACCUUGGUGGUCUAUUUCUUCAGAGUCAGAAAUCCCACAAAGGACCUUACCAACCCUGGGAUGGUCCCCAGCCAUGGAUUCAGUCCCAGGUCCUAUUUCUUUGACAACCCCCGAAGAUACGACAGUGAUGAUGAUCUUGCCUGGAACAUUGCCCCUCAGGGACUUCAGGGAAGUUUUGCUCCGGACUACUAUGAUUGGGGACAGCAAACUAACAGCUUCCUGGCACAAGCAGGAACUUUGCUGCAAGACUCUACUUUGGAUCCAGACAAAGCAAGUCAAGGGUAGCAGCAACUUGACACAGUCCUAUGGAAGAGUCCUCUGUUGAAAACCUUCUGCCAGACAGACUGGAUGACAGCUGAGUUUUUAGGGCACUUUUCCUUAUGACACAGAACUUUAUUUUUUGCUGUAGCUUUCUCAUGGCUCCAUAGGACUAAGCAAUAAUUUAGAGUGAUAAAUCCUUACUUUAGUACUAGCAGAGAGCCUGGCUAUUUCAGUGGGUAUAAUUUAAACUUUUAAACGAGAUUCUGUACUUUUAUAAAGAUGUAUUUUAUAUAACUUAAAUACUAAUGCUAAAGUAUACUAGGUUUCCCCAUGAUUGUUAGUGUGAUGUGUGUUGUAGUUUGCACAGACUUUCAUGCAUAAUUCACUUUAAAACGUAUAGCAUACGUGGUCUAAUAGUUUAAAGCUUUUGGACAAGUUUCGCAAAGCCUUACCUCUGAAGGUCACUCUGACUGUGAGGGCCACUGCCACUCCAGUGUUGAAAGUUAAGAGGAGGCAGGGUGCCACGGUCUGUACGUAACUGGCUCAGCAGUAGCAGUUCCUCUUAAACUUUGCCCAAAGUCAGGUGCUUCUUCAUCUGAGAGCACUACUAUAAGCACUCCGGUAACAAGUGGAUACUGUCAAGAUGUAGUUGCCGACACUAUUAAAACUCCUCUGCUGUGUGUGUAGCCAUUUUGUAGUUUUCUUCAGCCUGGUGUGACUGAAUACUCACUACCUCAGUAGGAUGGCAGGACUGCGCCUUCCCUGACUCAGCCAGUGCUUGCUAUAUACAAAGACAAACCAAGAAAUCCCCACUAAGUGUUAAGAGUAAAUUUUUCCGGCCCUCAAGCUCUAAAGGACUGUGGGCUCUUGACAGCUUUUCUGUAAAACAUGCCUGUAAUUUGUAUGAGACUGACAUGGUGCUCACUGCCUGUUAUUUUUAAAUAGUGCUCAAGCUAUGGAAAGCUGUGUGUUUUAAACAGUGGGCUCUGCCUAUGGUAGCAGGACCCCUGUCUCAGCCAGAGGGUGUUCCAGACAAUGUUCCCUAUGUGCUGUCUCAGGGCUCCCCUGGGUGUACUCUGGAACCAAAAUGGCCCUCCUGGAAGCUGGAUGCUCUGGCUUCUCACAGAAUGCAUCAUCUGGUCCUAGAGGUCACCAGAGCCACAGUCAGUCUUGCUCAUACAGCCCACUUUACUAGAGGUUUGCUGCUCUAGAGUUUUGGAAAAGCCCAUCUUGGGCUUUAACUUAACAGGGUCAAGCCCACUUUCUCCUAUUUUGAUGUAAAAACUGGGGUCCCAAGUUUCAAAUGGGUCGUGACUGGGGUUUUAUUAUAUAGAGCACAAAGUUGAAGACCGUGCACAACCCCUCACCCAUCUUUGCUUGAGUGUGACAAGCAUCUGGUUUGCAAACCAUGUACAAUAGUUAUUUGCCCUGGUGAAUUCCUCACUGAAGCAAAGCCUGCACAAAUUGCCUAAAUCGGUAGUUUACAGCAGCAGGGUAUAAGACAGUUUAUCUGCCACCUAUACCUCCAACGGUUCAGCUGUUGAAGCCAGUGCCCACAGCACCUGUGUCCUUGUCCACAGCACGUCUGUUAUCCAUCAGCAGCUAAGGGCAGGGCUUUCUGAAAAGCACAGCAUCAUUAAGACCAUUCUCUCUGCACUUAUUUUGUAGCACAUGCACACUUUACAGUUUGUGACUGUAGGAAGACAUACCCAGCAUCAACCAACAAGCUACAACCCACUUUUAUAAUAGCUGUCAACAUUCAUGUCAGCUAUUAUUUUUUUUGUUGGAAAGGACAAAAUGAUAUGCCUAUGGAAUCUUUUUUUGUUUUUGAGACAGGGUUUCUCUGUGUAUGUAGCUUUGGAUUUCCUGGCCUCCCUUUGUAGACCAGGCUGGCCUGGAACAGCGAUCUCCUGCCUCCCUGAGUGCUGGGAUUAAAGGUGUGCACCACCACACCUGGCUGAAUCUUGCUUUUUUUUUUUUUUUUUAAAGUAAGACUAUAACUCUUAAAUGUUGUCAACACGUUGGAAUGUAAAUGUGAUGGCUGUGGAUCACAGGCAGGGAAGGAGGUCUAAGUUGCCUUUGAGCCUUCUCCUUUACCUCCUCUGCUAACAAAGCUAACUGUUCCUAAUGUGUUAAACAUAGGGAAAGGAGCAUUCAUGUUAACAGCAUCAUGAAUUUAAAACCUGGCAAUAUUAAAGAUUGAAGUGCACAGGGCCAAGCAUAGUAUUAUGCUUAUAAUCCCAGCACUAGCCUGGGCUGUAGCAGUAUACUGAGAUGAACAAGUUCCUGGGAGAGAGGCGAUAACACUGAAAAUGAAAAUGUGGUACCAGCAUUGAGAGCUGCUACAGCAAGAACAAGACACACAUGGUUUUAACUGCUGGAGUCAUUUGCCUGCUCAGCUAAGAAUUCUGGCCAGGCUAUCAUGCUCCUAUCUAUCAUUGAUUGGCACCUAUUCCUUUAGACAGCUGAUGUCUGGGGUAUAAGUGGAGUUGUGAACUAGAGGUUAUUACAGCACAUGUCCCAGUCACAUUUGGUUUUUGGUGGCUACAGCAAGGAUGCCUUAAACAUACACAACUAGUGCUCUACCACUGAGCUAUAGUCCUUGCUCUUACCAACUCUGUCUUGAUUGUGUUGAACACACUCAUAGCAUCUGUUCUGGUCACGUGUUUAUCUGCAUAAAUCAGGUAAACCCUGGCACCUCCCAAAUUCCUUCUUGGGAAUUUCAACUGCUUUUGUAGACAGUAGUGUUAAACCAACACUGGACCCCUCUAAAGAGCAAAAGAAGAAUUAGUGGGUGCUUCAGGAGCACUGUGAAAAUCUCAUUUGGAUCUACGUAGUGUGUACCACUAGAACAUUGUGCACACAUAUGCAUGUGUACUUGCACAGUGGAGAUCAAAUGCAGACCUUAAACUUGUUAAGCAAGUGCUCUGUCUGCCACUAAGCUACACACAUUCCAGCCUCUGCUGUGUGUUCUACUACCAGGUUACAAAUAAUUUAUCAAAACUUACAAGUUAAGCCAACUGUUUUAGAAAAAGAACCCUGCUUUAAGAGCAGACUGGUGCAGAAGCAUCGAAGUGCAGUUUCACUUUAUCCAGUAUGCAUGAGCUAGUCACAUCUCUGAUGCGUCCAGGUGGCGUAACAAUUAAAAAGGAGCAGGCUCAAAGACUACAUAAGACAAAAUGGAGACUACUUUUUAAAUGGGAUUGUCAAGACAGGCAUUGGAAUUUAGUGUCUCCUGGGUGUCUCUGUUGUACUGGGCAGUUGUCAUGAGUUUGGAUCUGAGACCAUACAAAGAGAGUCAUAGAGUAACUUCCUUUCAGGUCCUCUUUCCCAAAGGAACAAAAUACCCAAUACCUGCUUUGACCAUUCUUAAGUCCCAAACUUUUUGACUUCCUACACCUUGGCCUCAUCCUUGCCCUGAAUAAAUACUGUGUUCAUUAUGGACUCAUGCAAUCCAGGCUUGUGAUCCUUGAAUCCAAAUGCUUACAGGCAUCCAUACCUGCCUUCUCCAAACCUUGAUGUGGCCCUGCUCCAUUUUCUGAUUCAGAUACCUUGCUAAUGGCUCUUUUCCCCCUAAGCACUAUCUGGUUCACCCCUCAAAUUCUGAUUUUCUAUAAUCUGAGUAGAUUGUAUGUCCCCAAACUUUAACCUAGUCAGAACUGGAGUUCAGAGAUCCACUUUCUUCAGCUCAUAUGAGCCUUAAAAUUCUUCCCUUUCUACCAACUCUUGUCAUAUAACUGUUACCCACGAUUCUGACCCCACUAUUCACUCCUCAGUCAUGGUCUUCCUACAAGACCCUAACUAAAGCAUAGAAAGAGUGCAUGCAUUCAGGUAAACAGUACCUUCCCAGGGCUGCUGUGUGGCUUUAGCAGACAUGAAACUUUUGGACAAAUAAAUGGAGUGGGAUUUUUUUUUUUUUAUAUGAAGAUAAGCCCAAAAUCAUUCUUGGAGACUUUGUCUUACAAGAUGAACUUUGACUUCAUUAGGUGCUCUGCAAGAAAUACCUCUAUGAAAUGCCCCAUUUAGGAAGAGUACUCAAAAUUACUCCAGGGAGUUAAAAAGAAAACCUAAAAGGGUCAUUAAGCGGUGUGAAAUUGAGAUAGAAAACUAAAAACAUCAAGAGGUUAAAAGUACUUUCACAUCUAAAGAUGUAGUUGUUUGUGGUCUGAGUGCUUGUCCAUUUGUAGAAGGCCCUGGGUCCAAACCCUAGUACAGCAUGAUAGCUUACACCUGUGAUCCCAGCACUUGGGAAGGUGGACACAAGGAAAACCAGAAUUCAAGACCAUCCUUGGCUAUUCAAGGAGUUUGAUGCCAGCCUGAGACACAUGAGACCCUGAAAAUAAUGAAAGGGAGGGAGGGAGGGACUCACAAAAGAAAACAACCUGACAGAGUUCUGUCAUGCUGUAUGGAUUUUUUUCAAAGCUCAUGUGCAAUCAUAAACAGUAUCUAGGAAAAAACAAAAGAUGCAGGGGAAAGAAUGAGAAUGUGUGGUCAAUUUGAACACAUUAAUAGUAAACUCCAAAUUACCCAUUAUGUGUUGGUGUCACAUUAAGGGAAAGAAAUCAAAGCACUUUCCACUGAUGUCAUUUAACCAAGUGUGAGCCCAGAUUUGAAUUUCUAUUUCAUGUUCCCUGUGUCUUCUGUCCUUGCCCUCUAAAUCUGUUACAUGAGUCAGAAUCUGUGCCUGCCUGAGGCUGUCAUGUAAAUCUAUCCCUGUGUGUUCAUCCAUCCCAAAGGGCUUUGCUCUUUAUUGAGCAGCACAAAAAGCAUCCCAUGGGAAUGAAUGAGUGAUAACAGAAUUUUUUUUUUCUGUUUUUCAAGGCAAGGUUUCUCUGUGUAGCUUUGGCUGCCCUGGACUCGCUUUGUAGACCAGACUGGCCUCAAACUCACAGAGAUCCUGCCUUCCUCAGUGCUGAGAUUAUAGGUGUGCACCACUGUACCUGGCUGAUAACAGAAACCUUUAACAGAGUUUCACAAAGGAUUAAGUCACAGACCCCAACUGACCCAGAUAAUGGUAUUUCAAACACUACUGUUUAUCAAUCAAUAUUCAAAUAUUGUGUUCAACAUUUGUGGUGGAUAUUCAUUUUAGAAGGUUGCUUUCAACUUCUGUAUUUGCUAUUUUCAGCAAAUGGUACCCAUGCACUACUCUGGAUCAGGGACAUGAAGAAUACAUAACUUAAGAUUACAGCUGUGCACUGGGAAAUCCAAGGACAAGUAAAGGUGACUAUUAACAUUGUUCUCUUAAAGGUGGGUUAAAUAGCUGAGUAUACAGUAGGAUAGGAGUCUUAAGUCAUAAGUGACCUCAGAGUGUACUAACUGCCUGUGAGCGGCAUUAAAAGGUCCAGUCCAGUCUCUUGGGAAGAUAUAUUUUUGUAAUAUUGCAUCAUCACAAGAGAGGACCGAAGACUAACAUUAAAUAUUAUUUAAUUAAAACAAUCUCUACUAUUCCAUAUAGAAGAUGGACUGAUGAAAUGGGAACAGAACCUAGAUAAAGGGCUAAGCCCAUAAAAAUGUCAUAGAUCUGUCCUAUCUACGUGUAGACUCAAACUAGUCAUAGAGAAGAUGGACUGUUCAGGCACAAGCAGGUUACCCGCUAGGGAAAAUUAGGUUUGUUUCUUAAUGUGUAGUUUGUACUAGGAUCUGUUUCAAGGGAUCAGAAUUUAGAAAUGAAAAUGCAAAACCAUCAAUCCUUCAGAAGGAAAAAAAAAAAAAAAAAAGCCGUGGUUUACUGUCUUGGUCUGAGUGAGGAAGACAGUCUACGAGCUGCUAUAGAAACCAGCAAAGAACUGGUAUAGGAAAUCAGAACAGAAAACCAUCAGGACAAAGCCAGGUAACAAAUUGGAAGACUAUGCAGCCAGUCACACUUGAAGGAUUACACCCUAAACAGGUGAAGUUCCAAAUACCAUGCAGUAAAAAAGUGCACAAAGAACAUGGAACAAAUUCAGGGGACUCCUCAUUAAGAGUUGUUAAUUUUAUAUAUUUAGGUUAAAAAUGAACAUUUUAAACUUACAUUCUCUCAGAAUGUCCAAGCCCAGCAUUUGGACACCUUCUAUGAUGGUGAGGUUGUGGGUGAGCAAGCACAGGUGAUGUGCUCUGGAGGGCAGAAUCUAAGUCAGUGCCUUUCAAAACUACAAGUGUGUGUGUAUUCUUUCACUUUUGAAUACUUAGAGAGGUAUGUAUACAUAUGUGAUAUGAUAUGUGGAUAAGGUCUAGAAACAACCCAAAUGCUCAAGAAUGGAACUGCUUAACUAAAUAAUGGCAUAGCCAUAUUAAAAAUUCCAAGUACCCACGAAAGUGAAAAAGUUAUCUGGUGAUAUGUGGCCACUGAAAUACUAGGUGAUAAAAGCAGAUGGUGUGUAUGUCAUGUUAUUCCAAGUAAAGACACAAGAGAAAUGAGGCUUUAUAUUUGUAUAUGUGGGCAUAUUGGGGAGAAAAAAAAAGGUAUGAAUGGAGAUAUAAAAAGCCAGGGGCAGAAGGUAUGUGUGCGCACUAUGGGAAGCUGGGAAGACAUUGUAUUUUUAGUAUAUACUGUGUUUUUUAACUAUGUGAAUGUAUCAACUGUUCAGAAAGUUAAAUAAAAGAAGCAUUUUUUAAA